AUGAAAUUCAACUCUGUCAGAGCGGAGAUUGUGGAGCAUCUUCAGCCACAGUACAAUCGCAUUGUUGAUGCUUCGCGUGUGUUGGUAGCCUCCAUAGAAAAGGAGAAAGGCAGCGGCCGGGCUCUUGAUCCAGAGCCACCAAGAGGGUUCUUUCGAACAUUCGAGGCUGCUAGACUGGUGAUCUUACUCGAGAAAUGUGCCGUAGCCCUCAGACGUGAUCAGGACGCGAUUACUGAAAUUGCAUUUCGAAUUGACAGAAGAAAAUUAAAGAGUUUUCCCAGAGGAAUGAUGCUUCGAAGAAGAGAAAGAGCCUUUGAGCUUGAGAGAUCCGACUUGUUUAUAGAUGCAUUCAAAGAUUUAUUAUAUGAUCUAGAGGCUCAAUUUUCUGAAAUCAAGCAGACCUGGAGAGAUUUGUUCAAAAGCGAUACACAUGGAAAUACGAUGUGUCGUACAGAGUAUGAUAGCGAUGGGGGUAGUUUGGAUGGUAUGAUCGAUUUGACGGUCCAAUAA